UAUCAUGCCUAUAUUAUUUCCACUAAUUCUUUCUCUUUGUAGACUACUGGAAUAUAGAACUAGAAGAGUGGGAAGUGUAAGCGACUGGGAUGUAUAUUUCAUCAACCAUACUCCUGGAGCUAUAAAACAUCAAGCAGUUGUCAGAAGGCAGUUGCCUUGCAAGACUUUAAAGGAUAUUUUCUUUCAAAGUAUUCUAAAAAUGAUCCUGCGAAUAUUGAGUUGUGGAAAAACUAGCUAUUGAAAAUCGGGUGAACAAGUGUGAGAUGCUAACGGUUCGAAUACGUGCAUCAACCAAUCCCUGUUUCCCAAUGAAAAA